GACAGUUUGUUGCAAUUGCUUGCCGAGGAUAAUAUCAGAAAACGAUUUUGCCCUUGAUUCUUUCACGCAUCACACUCUAUCUUGUUGUUGUGGUCGUCGUCGUCCUUUCUUCAACUUUUUGUCCUAUACCAUAUCACAUCACGACACAUUCAGCUCAGACGACUAGCUUAGCUACAUCGCCAUCCGCACGCCUUCUUUUUCUCCCUUGGGUAUUUCCCGAAAAUCCCAACAGCCCAGAAACUCCUUUAGCCGACCUAGCCGUGUGUGUGUGCGUGGGUUGUGCGUGGGAGGGCUAAAAGGGGCUUGGGGUGUGGUCUCGUUGUUUUUAAAUUGUCCAACACCCUGCUACAUUCUGGUCGAUAUCUAUCACCUUUGAAUUUCCACGGGUCUCGUUUGGAAACACACCCUCCCCCUCCAAAAACCGGGUUCCAUCACCCAUACUGGCCAUGUCUCAACGACCGCCGUUGACGACUCGUCUGUUCAGUCUCAUCGAACCUGGGUUCUUGCUCUUUGGUAGUGCAAAAUGUAUGUCUUCCUGUUUUCCCUCUCCCAACCUGUCUGUGUGUUUACGAGUCUGUCACAAACCGCCCGACAUCUACGCGAUACCAGAGUUCCCAAUGUUCUCUCAGACAUGAAUCUGUUUUGUUUGCUUUUCAGCUGACACGUUUUCUCCUUUUUCACGUGUGUUGCAGCUUUCAUCAAACAAGCCUUUCGGGUAUUCAUUCUUCGAGGAACAUUUCCUACACCUUCAGCCUUUGUCAGGGUCAGAGAUGAAGCUUUUAGCAUGUGGUGGACAAAAAUCACCGCCCCGAUAGACCCCCCUCCGCCGCCGGUGGGGUCCUCCACUCUCGUCGCUCCCAUCCUGUCUCGAGCUCACGGCGUGGUCUUGGACAUUGGACCCGGUUCCGGUUCCCACGUUUCGGCAUUCUCCGACAACCCCAACAUCACCACCAUCUACGGUGCCGAACCUGCCGUGGGUCUGCACCCUGCCCUACAGGAACGUAUCGACGCCGCCGGCCUGACGGACACAUAUCACGUCUUGGCUUGCAUGGCCGACAAGAAGGACUUGAUCGCCGCGUUGGCCGAAAAGGAGGUCGCCGCCGCGGACGACGACAUUGCCGGUGGCGUCUUCGACACCAUCGUCGCUGUGCGAGUCUUGUGUUCGGUCCCGGAUUUGGACGGGGCCGCCCGAGAACUGUACUCGCUCCUCCGACCCGGUGGGGAACUGAUGGUGGUCGAACACGUCAGGAACCCUUGGACCGUCAACGGGAGCAUCUUGGGCAGAUUGGCGCAAAUCCUCUACACCUUCCUAGGAUGGAGAUUCUUCCUGGCCGGUUGUAACAUGAACCGGGACACCGCCUCGUCCCUCCGAAAGGCCGGCAAGUGGGAAGCCGUGGAUCUCAAGAUGAAUUUCGAGUGGGCGGCCCUGCCUUACAUCUCUGGUACUCUGACCAAGGCGAGAUAAUUUCUGUUUUUUUGUUCUUUUUGCGCGGGACAUUCCAGUAUGAACGAGGGAAUGAGUAGGCUUGGUCACCUUCCUCACAAAUUACGGAUUCAUUUCCGGAGACCUACCCGUGUGAUACCGACUUAUACAAACCCAAGGCAUGGGCGAUCUGAUUGCUUCUACUAGAUAGCACAAAGAUACUGGAGUCUGGAGUGGAAGCUGAAUCUGAUUUUGCAAAUUUCUAUGCGCAUCAUUGACUUCCUCUAUUCAUGUCUCACACACACAACACAUUUUGUGAUUGGAUGGAGAUGCAAGCCUUUCUAUGUGU